CAUUAUUAUGACGUCAUGUGUGAAUGCUAUGGACAAAGCAGUGACGUUACAUGUGUAUUAGCGCCACUGAAGACCCCAACAUGUUUUAAAAGCGCCCUACUGUUCCAAUGGGGACUGAAGACGACAGAUCGGAAGGAAAGCCACCCGAGACGAUUACUGAAAAUACCGUGAAGGAUUUAGCUUCGCAGCUAGAGGGCGUGACAGUCGAUCCGGAAACGCGUAACAGGAUAACCCCGAAAAAGAAAUAUGGCGCCGGCGGAAAUCGCCCAAAGACCAAAACAGACGCGAUUCCUAAAAAACUGAAAUCCAUUCUGAGGACCAAGAAAGGGAAAUCGAUCCUCACGAAACAGCGCAAGUGCGUGAGGUUCUGUGAAGAGCUUUCCGAGGUCACGAGGUCAUGUCAUCAGAUUUCACGCCAACUCGAGGCUGACAGGAAGCCAGUUUCCGAGUCGUCUUCUCAGCCAAACACUGUAGUUACCAAUGAUGAAUCACUAGUGAUUCGCGACCAAUCACAAGUGAUUCACAAUGAUUCAGUGGUGAAGCACGAUGGCAGCUUCAAAUUAUUGACGAACAUUUGUUAAAAAGAAGAGAUCUUAAGAUCUGCAAAAAACGCCUGCUAAAGUAUUAUUUAUUAUUAAUAUACAUAUAUACAAGUAUGUCACUUGCCCUGUAGAUAUAUUUAUUUUAUCAAAUUAUGAUAUUACGUAUUACAUGCAUAAUUGUGAUGUGUUACAUAAAUAUGUAUAAAUAUAUUUGAGGUAUGUUAUAUACUCAGCAAAAUGAAUUAAGGGGAUUAAUGUUUGGUAUUUUUCUUUAUAUAUGGCACAUCAGGAAAAACACCGCGUGCACGAUUUUUACAUUUUAUUGAGUAUAUGUAAAUUGGUCUGCUUUGUGUUAUUUAUACCUGAUCAGAAUUGUCUCACUUUGUUUAACGAGACCACUGCAGCACUAAUGAAAGCAAUUACACUAAUACCAUUAAUGUCAGUGUUAAUCAGGUUAUUACUUUAUUACUACUGCUGAUUAUUUGCAAUUAUAUAAUAUUUAAAGUAUAUUUUUGUUUAAAGACACCACUAGGGCACAUUGAUUUAUUAAUCAUCGGCUACUGAAUGUCAAACAUUUGGUAAUUCCCAUUAGUAAUAAGAGACCUUUUAUACACACCAUCCCACAAACAGGAUAGCACAUACUACGGCCUUUGAUAUGUCAGUCGUGGUGCACUGGUUAGAACGAGAAAUAGCCCAAUGGGCCCAUCGACCCCGACCCUUAUGUAAUGAAUGCACCUUUAUUACACUAAUAUUUGUAAUGUCAGUGUUCAUCAGGUUAGUAUUUUAUUAAUAACAUUGAUUAUUUGCAACGUAGAUAUGUCAAAAAUUACAUUUAAAAAAUUGACACCUAAAUAAGUAUUUAUGCAUAAAUAUUAGUGGUCAAUAUUAGUGAUCAAUAUAAUAUGAAUAUAUAUGGUAGGCAUUGCCUAUGCUCUUUACUACACAAUCCCCCAUACACCCCCACACCCCACCAGCUUACUACUUUACCAGUGAUAUUUGGUAUUUGUGACGAAAUUGUCCGCAAAAAUAUUUGAAUAAAUAUAUUUUAACUGCUCACAUAAUAUAAUACUUGCACAAACUGACGAAGAAAAAUCUUCUUGUCCUUAAUUCAUUUUGUUAAGUAUAUGUGUUUUAUUUCUCAAACUGGAAUUUUACAUGUACCGCAGUAAUAAUGACUGUUGAAAUUGUUUGUCAAUAGGCAUACUUGGAGGAGUAGCUGGUGAUGCUAUGCAAGUCACAAUACCUGUUUACAAAUUGUACUGUUAUGUCUAUAUGAACAAUCAUGUGUGCUACGUAGACCAGUAGUACUGCAUUACUUUAACCAGUAUUACUCGAGUUGUAACUGUAUCGGUGGUAAGCAUUGCGAAAACGAUUUAUUAUCCAUAAUAUCUGGAGAAAUAAUUAAAUCACUACCUGUAUACACGAUACGCUGUUAAUUUUAUGUUUAUGUCCCUAUGCUAAUAAAUGUACAUAUUUUAACACUGCAAUUAUUGGCAUCUACUGCUGCUGCUUUUAGAGCCAAAUUAUGGAAUAUACCAGGUUCAUACAAAUCACACAAAUCGUAAAAAGUCGUCAAGUGGGCAAAUAUAAUUUCCAGGCUUAGAAAUUUAUGAAAUUUUGAGCCAGGUCAUGUAAAAUAAAAAUUGGUAUAUUAUUAUUUAUUUUUGACAUUUAAAAUAACACAAAAAGAGAUACGAAAUUCGCGUCAAAUUUUUGUAACAUUAUUAAAUUAUGCUUAAAAAGGUAAAGAAAAUGUGUUUUUUUUAAAAGUCACAAGAUUUGGUUGAUAAAGUGUAUGCACCCUGUAUAUUUUCAAUACUCAUUAGUCGUCGCACCUAAGAAAUAUUGCUAUAAUAAAUUUAGUGAUUUCCAA